AUGGUGUGGUUGAAGAAUGUGACACGGUCAGGGAUGAAGUGCCAACCCUGGUUGAGCCAACCGCCAAAUGAACAUUCGAACAUACUUACCCUGUCGGCAUUCCCCGAUCAUGGCAUGGACAGUCGUCACAACUACUGUCGGAAUCCUGAUGUCGAAAAGGAGAGACCUUGGUGUUACAACGGAGAGGGUACCAAUCCCGAAUGGGAAUAUUGCGAUAUUCAACUUUGCUUUCACAUUCCAGCAAAGUUCUAG